GGCGAGAGGGGCCGCUAGGGAGGGCAAAGCGAGCUCCAUCAAAAAGCUCGCCGCGGUUUUUUAGUGGGGGUUUGUGCUGUGUUGUGUGUCGAAGUUGUGGUGGCCGCCGCGCACGAGAAAUGCUGUGAUGUAAGCAACGAGACUAGAGGAUCGUUUGACCCGUGGGCCGCUGCUCGCCUUGCUUCAGUUCACCGCCGCGCGUGUGUGUUGUGUUGUUGCUGGGCCCGCGCUGGUAUCCCCGCUUUUAUCGCAGCGCGCUCGCUAUGCGACUCUCGUGACCGUCGCGGAGGAUAUCGUCGUCUCCCCGAGACGCUGGCCCAAGCAGCCCGCAGCAGCGGAGGAGCUUUCGAGUUCACGCUCUGGCGACGCUCUAGCAGUCUGGGCCCGCCGGGCAAGGCGGCGGUGGAAACAGUACCGGUCCUGUGCGAUCCGCGGCAGCAAACCGUUUCACGAAGGUGAAAGACCUUGGGAAAAGGAGCUCGUCGUUCUGUUGUCGGGCAGGCGCGGAUUCGUCAGCGUUAAAACACACCAAGGAUAAUAGACAGCGGCUGCAGGAAGAAAGCGGCACCCGCCGCCGCUUGAAAGAAACUCGACCGCUCUUGCGAUCGACCUUCUUUUUCUCGGUUCCGGGCCCAUCUACGCCACGGUGCGGGCCGAUCGGCCGCAACAAGCAUCCCUUGACGCCGCUGAGUUUCGUGUGCGCGAUCGGUGUUGUGUGUGAAGGUGAGGUGCCGCAACCCUCUUUUGGAUUCCCACCGACCGACGAGAAAGGAAAGCUGGCGUCGCGCUAGCGGUGAUGUCGGCGGGUGGAGCGGGGGGACAGCAGCAUCGGCGGAGACGCGAGUUUUGGCGGCGGACGCCGGCCCUGUGAUUGUGCUUCUACCGAAGGGGGUCCCCCGUGCCCCCCCCGAAAAAGCAGCCAAGCUGGCGUCGUUCAGUGCCCGAGAGAAGGCGGCCGUCAUGUCCGAGUACCAAUGGGCGUACUCCUUGGUGGACUCGUCACGCGUCUCCACCUUUCUCAUCUCCAUUCUGCUCAUGGUGUACGGCAGCUUCAGGUCACUCAACAUGGAGCAAGAGCAGAAAGAGCGCAACGGCCAGGGAGCUGAAAACAAUGUGCAGACGCUGGACACGAUGCAAGCUCUGUGCCUGCCACUGGGCGCUUCCAUCUCUCUUCUGGUCAUGUUCUUCUUCUUCGACUCCAUGCAGAUGCUCUUUGCCAUCUGCACUGCAAUAAUCGCCACCAUCGCCCUAGCCUUCCUGCUCCUGCCUAUGUGCCAGUACCUCAUAAGGCCGUGCUCCAGUGGCAAAAAAAUUUCAUUCGGGACGUGCGGCCGCUUCACGGCAGCAGAGCUGGUCUCUUUUUCCCUCUCCGUGGCCAUUGUGUGUGUCUGGGUGCUCACGGGACACUGGUUACUCAUGGACGCAAUGGGAAUGGGUCUGUGCGUGGCCUUCAUAGCAUUUGUGCGACUGCCCAGCCUCAAGGUGUCCACGCUGCUUCUCACGGGGCUCCUCAUAUACGACGUCUUCUGGGUGUUUUUCUCCUCAUAUAUCUUCAAUGCCAAUGUCAUGGUCAAAGUGGCCACACGGCCAGCAGACAAUCCGGUGGGCCUGGUUGCAAAGAAACUCCAUCUUGGCAGCAUGGUCAGGGAGGCCCCUAAGCUGUCGCUCCCUGGAAAGCUGGUUUUUCCAAGUGUGCACAGCAGUGGCCACUUCUCCAUGCUGGGAUUAGGGGAUAUCGUGAUGCCAGGCCUACUUCUGUGCUUUGUGCUGCGCUACGACGCCUACAAGAAGGCCCAGCUGAGCUCGGCCGAGACGGGCCUGCCGCCGCCCAACCACCUCAACAAGAUCUCCUACUUCCACUGCUCCCUCAUUGGCUACUUCCUUGGCCUGCUGACGGCCACGGUGUCCUCGGAGGUGUUCAAGGCUGCCCAGCCUGCGCUGCUCUACCUGGUUCCUUUCACGUUGCUCCCACUCCUGACCAUGGCCUACCUCAAGGGUGACUUGAGGCGAAUGUGGAGUGAGCCCUUCAUCAGUAGCCCGCCUUCCAAGCACCUGGACGUCUGACAGGCAUCGCGUGUGGCCGUUUCUUCUUCUUCGUCUGCCGCCACUGUUCUCGCCUACGUGUUCACACGUGCGUGCGUGUGUGUGUAGAACGUUGACUGCCGCCGUGCGCGAUACAGUGCUCGGGAGAACACAUCGACCUCAUCACUUCGGCACCUCGCGCAACCCGCCUCUCAUCGUCAUCGUCGUCGUCAACUUCCCCGAGGACAAUGAAUGCUGGCUGUGACUGGACACCACACCGUCACGGCCAGUCUGUUGCGAGGGGGAAACGUGUGCAUUUGUCAUCACUCCAUUGAGGAGUGGGAUCGGGUCGGACUCUGCGACCGCCUGCAACUGCUAGACGCUGUACGCACGGUGGCGUGAGUGGAAGAACGGAGCGUGGCAGAACCUCUAUCUGCACAGUGGCACGUCCGGAGUCGUGCCGCUGCUUUCUUCGGCGGAUGUUUUGUGUCGUCGCGUAGGAGGUAGUCGGAAGAGGCGAGCCGCAAGUGCAACCUAGGCAAGAGUUUGUCCCAAAGUUCGUGCCUGUUGUGCGUGGAUCUAUUUUCUUUCUCUCCAUAUAGCAUCAUCCAUUGUCAGCCUCAAGUGGUAGAAGUUAGCGUGUGUAAA